UGAAUGAUUUUAAAAUUCAAUGAUCAUAUUUCUUUUCACUGCCCCAAGGAAUCUGAGAAUGAAUAGGGAUAACAAAUUGCUGUAACAGCAUUCGGCAAGAGGGGGCAAAAGACAAGAGUUUAUCACAGUUAUUGUGAUUUGGACACAUUAAUGUCAGUAUGGAAUUUCUUUGAGUCAGAGAUGCAAAGUAUUUGUGGAUUCUGCUUCCCCAAAAGACAGGAAAGGUUCGUACUUGAGUGCUUUGAGGAAAUUCAUCCAGACUCGUGACAAACUACUCAAAAUACUGGGGGUAAUGAAGAAUUUAUGGGAAUAAAUGGGAAGGGGAGGUUGAUUCAGUGGGUGGUUCCACGUGAGUUGAAAAUAACAAAGCAAUUUAGUAUGUUAAGAAAAGAAAUACAGUUUUGGAAGCAUUUUUGGCAAUGAUACACCCAAAGUCUUCAAUGAUGCGCAAGUUAAUUAGAGCACAAGGUGAAGAGAAGAAUUUGUAAACCCAAGAAAGAAACUGGAAAGUGGAGACCAGUCUCUAACUAUGGUGGGGGCCAUGGAGAACACUGGUAAUUCUCCAGGCAGCCUCACUGCAUCCUUCCUGGCGGUGCAGGUUGCAGCAGGAGUGACCGGCUGCUGGGGGACACCAGGCAAUCAGCAGGCAGAGCAGGGAGGCUGAGUGCUGAGACUGCAGUGCUGGGGAAGUCACAGAGUGACUCUGAGAGCCCCAGGCCCAGUGGGUAGAACCAGUCUGGUUAAACCAAGGAAGCUUUUAAAACACGACAGGCGUGAGUGUCUUUGUAUCUUGCUUCCUAGUGUGUCCCCUAGGAAUAGGUAUUGCCUAGCUUGUCAGUCUCUGUUACAUGCAACAUGGGAGAGCUGAGGAAUUUGGUAUCUUUAUUUUUUUUAAUGUUAUUUUUUGAAUAUUGUGCCAUUCUGAGGGGGUGGUUCUGAUUGCUUCCAGCAUUACAUACAAACCAAUAGGGAAAACAUGGAGUAUUUUUGUGAACAAGCUCCUUAAACAGCAAACCCAAGUGUAUGAGAAGACCACGGCUCAUCUUAGCUCUCACCAGUUGUACACUAAAUAGUUUGUUUGUGAUAUUGUGCUGGGCAGAAAAUAACGUAUUUAAUAUCAACACGGUUGCCUUGAAAAAAUAAAUUCUUUGAAACCUAUUUAUGAGUUUAGGUGUUUUCCCUACAGCUUACCGUCAUGCUGUGGCUACUGAGCCACCACAGAGUUUGAAGUGAUGCAGUUCUUUUUUCCACGGGACAGCCAAGAGGUGGAUGUAGCUGUACCCUGGGCUGUGCAGAACCACUUGAGUGUGGCAGCUCCCUGGGGCAGCGCUGAAGCGAGACGGUGGAGAAUAUAUACCAAGCUGCCAGAAAUGCAGAUUCCAAGAAGGAUCCAAGAAGUCUCAGGCCUCUCUGGAGCCCCUCUGUUUAUUUUUCAGUUGUGUGGAAAUAGUGUAAAAUGUUGAUCCAGAAACACUGUAGAGGGAUAACUCUUUGUAGGAGUGGAACUGCUUCUGGUGUGUAACUGUUUCACUGAUGACUGUUACCUCUUUAAAAGAAAAUAAAAAUCAAAUUGACAGAACAAAGUGAUUUCUGAAGAAAUUGCCACUGAUACAUGUUCAGCUGAAAUGGUUCCUUUAGGCUGAGAAACAAAAUAGAAGAGGAAAGAAAUUAUCAAUUUGAAACAGGCCCCUCAGCAGUAAUGUUAUUUGAAUGCUUUUUCAGAAACCUGCAAAGCCAGUGUAAGGCUAACAGAGUUUUGUAUGCUCGUUAAACACGGUAGUUUAUUGUCUCUCCAGUCUUUGGCUGUUCCUCUGAGCAGUUGCUGUUUUGUGGAUGGCUGUUGGAAUGAAAAGCUGUGUGAAGGGUCUAGAAACUGUGCAAAAGGCAGUGACGAAGGUUCUCUUGUGCAGAUGCCUAAGGGACCUGCUCAGAUGAUGUCUUUGGUGUGUCUAAAAUAUAAUUCAGAGUCUUCAUUCAGACAGGAUGGCAGAAUUCAAAGGGAAAUUUGCUGAAGAAAUAUGGGAUUCUGAUAAAGUUCUAAAAAAACCAAAAUUUCCUUUAAAUUCCUGUCUAAAACAUAUUUAGAAGUUCUUUGAACAGAAGUUAUUAAAUGAAAUAUAUUGGUUAGCAACAGAGACAUAUCCUUUUUUUUUUCUGUGCUUCUGAUGCUGUUUCUUAAACUUCAGUAAACGGAAUAUAUAGAGUACCAACAAGCGUAAUUUACUAGUUUACACUGCUGUCCUGAAGGCCUUGCUCAUGCAGCUCCUCUUUCUGUAGUUAAAAUAGAAAAGGAUGACAGCAAGUGAGAGAAAAAAUACAUACCUUCUUUAUAUUAUUGCUUCCUUUAAUGUAUGUAAGUAUAAUAUAUCAAAAGCUCUGGCAGAUAUUUCUUCAUGGAUUUGCAAUACAAAAUUCUACUGAAUUCAUUGAAGCUUUAAAGUAAUUUUUCAUCAUCUGUCUUUUGGUAUUUCACCUUUUCAAAUGUUUUACAACUGAGUAGGUAGUAAUAUAUACGCUGAAAGCUCCACUGAGAAUGGAAUGUGUUUCCACCUACUACUCUUUUGUUGCUGAUUCAGGCUAUCCAAAUUUUGAAGUGCUGGGUUGAAGUAGAACCAAAUAAGCAAAUGGUUACUCAGUUGACCACUUCAGAAAAAUACAGCAUGUACAGACAAAAGCUAGUAUUGCAGUAGUUAUACAUAAAUGUCAUUGCUGUUGCUAGAAAAUAAUUUAAGCAUAUUAAACUUUAUAUACAGAACUACUUCAACUUUUGUUUCCCAUUAGUUUUGAAGAUCUAUGUGUUUUCAAAUUACUUUAUUUAAAGUAUUCUGUUUGCUGAAGUCUGGUAAUGGUAACCAAGAGGAAGCUGUAAGUAACUUUUUAAACAUGAAAAUGUGUAAGCAAUAAAAAUGAGACAUUGUCUUUGAUUCAGAAGUAUUGUAACAUACUGAUUGGGAGCAUAAAACAGGUAUUUUCAAAUUCCUAUAGUACAGUCACGUAUGCAGCUUCCUAUAAACACCCUGUUUCUCAGUCCCAGCCACAGAAUCCCUCCCCAGCACCUAUUGCCCCUUCUUACCCCAACACCCCCUGCAGCGCGUGUGCUGCACAAACACGAUGGAUUGGCCAAAUUCUACUCGUGGUUCUUCCUUAGGUGACUGUCGAGAAACCAGCCAUAUUCAACCACAUCUAUGAAACUUGUUCAUUUGAGAGGUGGAAAUGUUUCUUGUUUCAAAAUUGUAGUGGUUUUGUUUUCAAGUAAGAUUUUAGCUUUAAUUUUAGCUUUUUGUUGGUGGGUGAAUGGGAGGCUGUGAUUGGAGCAGCGAUGGGAUCCACACUUACCGGUGUGGGAGCACUGCAUGGAGCGGUUGGAAGCUUUCCUGGCUGGGAAGGGUGGGGGAGCAGAGAACACCCUGGGGUUUGCUCUGUGGUUCCUGUUGGUGUGAAGGCAGAGGGGACACUGCCUGGGUUUGUCCCGCUUCCACCAGGCAGGAAGGCUGACUAAGCAUUUGUAACAGCAAAUCCCUUCCGCCUGAGCCAUGUGGAAAACUAGCAUUUUUGACUCAGAACGUCAUUUCUUUCCUGAACUAGAUGUGGAGUGACAUCUUUAUUCAUUUCUCCCUGUUAUGAACUAGGACAAGAGUUACCAAAUACUUUUUCUUGCCUUGCUGCCAUUCUUCAGUAGAAACUGUACCUGUGUGAAGGAAGGUCUGGGGAGGAAAAAAAGGGGGGGUGUGUGUGAAUUGUGGGAGCCUCUGGAAUCAGAGAGGGGUUUGCAGGCAGAAGAAGUUGGCUGGGGCAGGGAGGAGGUCUGUGUUACAGAGGAACCUGGUGGCUUGGCAGCAAAAAGAGAAGGGGCAGGAAAGGAGCCCAUUCUGAACUGAGAGGCCAGAAGACAGCCCUGGUGGCACGAGGACGAGAGAUGAGUGACUUGUCUCAGGGGCUUCUGGCAGCCACUGCUGCUUCUGAUCUUCUUCCUUCCUGGACAGUUGGCUGGAGUCACCUGGCUGCUGCUUCAUCAGCCUUCCCCCAACGGCUUUGCCUCUAGUUUAAGCUGUAAUUCAAUCUAUCUCAAAAGCACGUAUUUCUACUUUACCUGAAGUUGGAAGCUAUUUUUUUGUGAAGCUCUCAGACAGUUUCAGAGCCUCUUUAAUUGGAUAGAUUUUGAAAAAGCACUCUUUUUUGGUAAUCAAUUUUUGAAAUUCUUUUUCUUGAAAGACACACUUUCACUCUUUCAUCUUCCCAUCUGUAAGAAAGUUCUCCUGCUUGUCUUCCUUCCUUCACCUCCUGGGAAAUAGGAAUGGGAAAGAAGAAAGAGUACUGCAUUUUUUCACUUUCUCCUCUCAUUUAAUUGUGAUUUGAAUGGAAUAAAUUUUUUUCAUGAAAAUUGGUUACACCAGAACCUGUAAUUCUUAGAAAAAAACAUUUUGAAAAAGGCUUUUCGGUUUGCCAUUCUGAAGAUAAAAAUUUCCGGAGGAAGGCAUUUGAUAAAGUUAUUGAGCAGAUUCAAAAUACUUACAACCUUUAGUUUUUCCUGCAGAUUAAAAAAACAGAGCAAGUUUCAAAAAUUAACAAGGAGCAAAUGCUGCUGAAACAGCAUCAGCGAGUGUGGUGGCAAGAGCAUAAAAGACUGAGUGAGACCAGGCAAAAAGCAGAAGCAGAAAUAAAGACUUUUCUUGAUGAAGAAAGCCAUAAGCACAACUUUUUUUUGGAUAUGAGGGACUUGGAGCGUAAAUUAUCAAAGGAGCGGGAUACAUACCAAAAAAAUACUGUAGUUCCUAUCUGGCAACUAAAAGAGAAUUUGAAAUUCAGGCUGUCUGAAAUGCAGUGUUCCCUCUCAGAAGAAUCUUGUCUGAAAUCUAAGUUCAAUCCAGUUGAGAUGUUACAGCAGAUCAAACUUGUGAAGAAGCAACAGAAGGCAAUUUUGGAAUUCCUUAAACUUGAAAGUCUGGCCUUGGAAAGAGAGCUUGAAGACUGUAAAACAAAAGCAUUAGCGCAUUCUUUUGAAGAGAAAAAUGGACUUUUCCUUGAAGUUCCUGCAGCACUACUGUCUCUGGAAUGCCCCUAUCCUGAUUUGAAGGCCUUACUGAUCAGUGAAUACCGAAAGCUCGCGAGUGGGUACUGGUCUAAGCUGCAGGAGAUUGAUCACCAGUUAAAAGUUUUAUACAGGAACAUUGACUGGAAGGAAGAAGACCAAUGGGUUUUUCAGACUGUGAUCAAUCAGUAUCCAAGCAAUCUUCAGAGGAGGAGGACUUUGUACCUGGAUGUGCUGCAGAGAUACCUUCCUCACAAGUCUCGGCAUGAUCUGGUUGUUCAUGAGAAAGCUUGGGAUCGUUACAAUUUCAUUAGGAGUCAGCGCAGAGUCUUGAUGUUAAAUUGGGCUCAGGCGAGGAAAGCCUUUUUACUGAAGGCAGUGAGGACGGCUGCAGAAGCCUCUGCUGCUCACCAGGCAGAAGCCGUGCUGGCUAGUGCCAGGCAAAAGCAACAGGAGGUUUGUGCUGAGCUGAAGGCAAAGGUUCUCCAGUGGAAAGCCCAGCAGGAAGAGGCUGCUCAACUGGAAGCUGCUGUAGCUGCCAGACGAAAAGAAAAGAAAGCUGAGGAGGAAAGGCUGCAGAGAGAACAGGAAAUGAUCCGCAGAGCUCAUGACAAGGAGAAACUGAAAAAGUACUGGGCUGAGAAAGAGCUGAAGUGGCAAGAACAGGAAGAGAAAGAUCUACAACGUCUGGAGGAAUUAAGAAAAUUAAUGGCUGAACAAGCAGUUAAAGACAGAGAAAGGGUGAAGUUCAGACAAGCCCUGCUAGAAAAACGGAUGCUGGAGAAAAAGGAACUGGCCCUUCGAGAAGCACUUGAAGAAGAGGAAAAAGAGAGAUGCCUGGAAGCGCUCCGGCAGCAGGUGGCCGUUGUUGCGAAACCAGACCCAGCCAGAGCAGUGGCUGAUACGGUGGCAUCGAAAGCUCGGAUGGGCAUCGGCACCAACCAAGAGUUUGAUCUUCAGAAGCCGCUGUUCCCGUUGCACACCUACAGUGAGCAGCAGAUCGUUUCUGACCCCAGACUCCGUGUUGAGCUGGCUCUUCGAGAAGCUGGGCUUCAUAAAACGCUUUAUGCAAAAGAGAUUUUACCAAAAAUUCCUCCACUGAAGCCUCCAAGAAGAGAUAUGGAAUCUACAGCCUUCAGAAUGUAGAGAGCCUCCUGUGUCAGCAGGAGAGAAGCUUCGGGGCUAUUGCCUGUAACAGGAAACUUUCAAUAAAUUUCCCUUAGGCUGUGUCCCAGAACUACUAAUUCUGGGUGUGUGCAAUGGUGGGGAACAGCCCCGUGCCCUCCUCCUGCGGUGCUGCACCGCCUCACGCCGGCUCCGGGGAGGGUUCUACAGGUUGGGAGGGUGAGGGCUGCUGCAACCAAAUUCCCUGUGUCCCUGUAGCUGGGAGAGAGGACACCGCUACGUGACAGUCUCCCACAGACCCUACAGCCCAUCUGAUGUGUGGCAUCUGGAGUAGGAACUCUGCUUUAAUUGGCAGCAUAAAUCCAAAAUAGCUUUGUGAAACAGUCACUUCAGAUUAUGUUCUGCCACGUGAACACAUCCCACAACUUGCAUUGCAGGUUCCUUGAGAAUUUGAUUCUUUUAGUUAUAAAAUCUUCAUUAUCAUGACUGUUUCUAUUAUUCCUUGAUUAUUAUAAGAAGAAACUUAACCUUUGUCUAUAUUUAGAAACCAAUUUGCUGCAUCAGAUUUACUGCAAUCCAGUCAUGCAAUUUCAUAUUGCAGAUUAGUCUUUCACUAUAAAUUAUAAAUAACAUUUCAGAUCCGGGAUUUUUAUUUUGGAGCUGAGUCUACUGAAUAUGAUUCUAUUAAAUGAAAGGGAAAUUGA